GCUUCCGGCGUCGGUGGUGGAGGUGGGUGAAGAAGGAGCGGGCUCUCGCCGCUCGCUCUCACUCCCUCGCGCUCUCUCGGGCAACAUGGCGGCGGUGGAGGAGCCAGCGUCCUCUGGGAGCCUCCUGAAUGGCGACCUGGAUCCAGACGACAGGGAAGAGGGAGCUGCCUCUACGGCGGAGGAGGCAGCCAAGAAAAAAAGACGAAAGAAGAAAAAGAGUAAAGGGGCUGCCACAGCAGGGCAACAGGAACCUGAUAAAGAAUCAGGAGCCUCAGUGGAUGAGGUAGCAAGACAAUUGGAAAGACAAGCAUUGGAAGAGAAAGAAAGAGAUGAUGAUGAUGAAGAUGGAGAUGGAGAUGGAGAUGGAGCAACUGGAGAAGAAGAAAAAGAAGAAGAAGAAGAGAGGACGCGAACAGCUGCUUGGAGAACUACAAGUGAAGAAAAGAAAGCCUUAGAUCAAGCUAGUGAAGAGAUUUGGAAUGAUUUUCGAGAAGCUGCAGAAGCACAUCGACAAGUUAGAAAAUAUGUUAUGAGCUGGAUUAAGCCUGGGAUGACAAUGAUAGAAAUCUGCGAAAAAUUGGAAGAUUGUUCACGAAAGCUAAUAAAAGAGAAUGGAUUAAACGCAGGCCUGGCGUUUCCUACUGGGUGUUCUCUCAAUAAUUGUGCUGCCCAUUAUACUCCCAAUGCUGGUGACACAACAGUAUUACAGUAUGAUGAUAUCUGUAAGAUAGACUUUGGAACACACAUAAGUGGUAGGAUUAUUGACUGUGCUUUUACUGUCACUUUUAAUCCCAAAUAUGAUACAUUAUUAAAAGCUGUAAAAGAUGCCACUAACACUGGAAUAAAGUGUGCUGGAAUUGAUGUUCGUCUAUGUGAUGUUGGUGAGGCCAUUCAAGAAGUUAUGGAAUCCUAUGAGGUUGAAAUAGAUGGGAAGACAUAUCAAGUGAAACCAAUCCGUAAUCUAAAUGGACAUUCAAUUGGGCCAUACAGAAUACAUGCUGGGAAAACAGUGCCCAUUGUGAAAGGAGGAGAGGCAACAAGAAUGGAGGAAGGAGAAGUAUAUGCCAUUGAAACCUUCGGUAGCACAGGAAAAGGCGUUGUUCAUGAUGAUAUGGAAUGUUCACAUUACAUGAAAAAUUUUGAUGUUGGACAUGUGCCAAUAAGGCUUCCAAGAACAAAACACUUGUUAAAUGUCAUCAAUGAAAACUUUGGCACCCUUGCCUUUUGCCGGAGAUGGCUGGAUCGCUUGGGAGAAAGUAAAUACUUGAUGGCUUUGAAGAAUCUGUGUGACUUGGGCAUUGUAGAUCCAUAUCCACCAUUAUGUGACAUUAAAGGAUCAUAUACAGCACAGUUUGAACAUACCAUACUGUUGCGUCCAACAUGUAAAGAAGUUGUCAGCAGAGGAGAUGACUAUUAACCCUAGUCCAAAGUCACAUUAACGUCUUUUAUUUUGUAAGCCUUGUUGGAAUACAUUAUACCAGUAUUGAUUUGCGACAUGUUGUCUGUUUAACAGUGGACCUAUAUAAUACUUUUAUUCGUGUUUAAAAAGGAAGGAAUUUGAUCAAAGGCAAACCAUCUAGUGUAAUUAACCAUGGAAAAAGCUUUCAGGACUUCAUGUUAACUGUUUUUACUCCUGUCUAGAAAAUGCUAUAAAGUUCAAAUUAGUUAGGAAUGACUUAAGCAUUUUGUUUUGAACACCAAAAAGAUGCUUUUCAAAUAUUUAUAUUGCCAUAUUCUUAUUUGAAUGCUUUGAAUGACUACAUCCAGUUCUGCACCCAUACCUUCUGGUAUUGCUUUUUAACCUUCCUGGAAUCCAUUUUCUAAAAAAUAAAGACAUUUUCAGACCUAAGAGCUA